CACUCCACACCUCAAGCACAUUGUUUUACCUUCAAGCCACACUACCCUUCCUCAGAGACAACAACAUGCACUGUAAAGAUCAAAUCAGUCACAAAGACUAUCAGAAGACAGUGGAUUGGCUAAUUUCCCAAACACAGUAUAGACCUAAAGUGGCCAUCAUCUGUGGAUCUGGACUGAGCAUGCUAGCUGAAUCUCUCCAGUGCCAGGACUGCUUCAAAUACUCUGAUAUUCCUGGCUUCCCCCAAAGCACAGUGCAGGGACAUGUUGGGAAGCUGGUGUUUGGCGAACUCAAAGGGAAGACAUGUGUUUGUAUGCAGGGACGAUUCCACAUGUAUGAGGGACACUCACUGUGUAAGGUCACUUUCCCAGUGAGGGUGUUCAAGCUAUUGGGUGUGGAGACCCUGAUUGUCACAAAUGCUGCAGGGUCCAUAGCAGAAAGUUAUCACUGUGGUGAUAUCAUGAUUAUUAAAGAUCACGUUAACUUCCCUGGACUUGCUGGUUUAAACCCACUCACUGGCCCUAAUGAUGACAAGUUUGGACCUCGUUUCCCACCUAUGUCUGGAGUUUAUGAUAAAGAUUUGCGAAAGCUGGCAUUUGACAUCUGUAAGAAGAUGGGCGUCACCCAAUUUGUCCAUGAGGGGGUGUAUGGUAUGGUGGGUGGGCCUAACUUUGAGAGCAUAGCAGAAGCGACGCUUCUGCACAAACUGGGAGUGGAUGCCGUGGGCAUGAGCACAGCCCCUGAAGUCCUUGUGGCCAGCCAUUGUGGCUUGCGUGUGUUUGGCCUCUCCCUUAUAACCAAUAAAGUGGUGAAUACCUAUGAAAACUCAGAGUCCACCAAUCAUGAAGCCGUUCUGGAAAUGAGCAAAAUGCGAUCAGAAAUGAUGCAGAAGCUCAUAACUGAAAUCAUUAUUCAUAUGGACAUUAAUAACAAUGAAGCAUGACCAUAGAUCCAAGUAUUUUCAUUGAAUCCACAGCCAAAUCUAGCUAACCGAAGGUUUCUUUAUUGUUUAUUUUUAAUAACAAUAACUUCUUCUUCUUCUUCUUCUCAUCAUCAUCAUCAUCAUCAUUAUUAUCAUUAUUAUUAUUAUUAUUAAUUUUGUUGUUGUUAUUAUUGUUAUUAGGUGGCCAGCCACUAUGAAUGAACACCUUGUUGUUUUGAAUUUCUAAAAAUAUUGUACUAAAAGAUGUUUAACUAAUCACUCACAAUACUACAUUUGAGGGUGCUAUAAUAUUGAAAUAACACUGCUUGUUACAUUUUUUUAAAUGUUUUUGAAUGUUUGUUGGUGUUCUGUAAUUGGCCUUUCUGAGGAAUUAUUCUUUUUCUUAGAGACUCUGGUUCAAAUAGAUAAUUUUACAAAUAUUCAUGUUUCUUGGCUUAGGUUCUGAUAAAUCUAAUCUGAGCAUCACUGAGCUACAGAUUAAGCAAGGCUCUUCGACAAACCUUCCAAGUUACCACAAGAAACCAAGCUUUUUUCAACAAACUGGCUAAAUUCCAUCGAGUUUAGUUCCACAAGGGAAGUCAUUCUUAAAACUGUUUAGUGACAUGUUUCAUCAUAUUUUCUGACUGCUGAUCUGAAAUUUGUCCAGAAGACGAUCAUUGACACCCUUCACAAGGAGGGUAAGGCACAAACAUUCAUUGGCAAAGAAGCUGGCUGUUCACAGAGUGCUGUAUCCAAGCAUGUUAACAGAAAGUUGAGUAGAAGGAAAAAGUGUGGAAGAAAAAGAUGCACAACCGCCUAAAGAACCGCAGCACUGAGAGGCUUGUCAAGCAAAAUUGAUUCAAGAAUUUGGAUUAACUUCACAAAGACUGAGGCUGUGGUCAAGGCAUCAAGAGCUACCACACAGACAUGUGUCAAGAAAUUUGGCUACAGUCAUAUUCCUCUCAUUAAGCCACUCCUGAACCACAGAAAACCUCAGGCAUUUUAGCUGGGCUAAGGAGAAGAAGAACUGGACUGUUGCAAAGUGGUCCAAAGUAUUCUUUUUAGAUGACAGAUAGUUUUGAAUUUCAUUUGGAAACCAAGGUCCUAGAGUCUGGAGGAAGAAGCUCAUAGCACAAGUUGCGUGAAGUCCAGUGUUAAGUUUCCAUAGUCUGUGAUGAUUUGGGAUGCAAUGUCAGCUGGUGUUGGACCACUUUGUUUUUUGAAAACCAAAGACACUGCUCCCAUUUACCAAGAAAUUUUAGAGUACUUCAGUCUUCCUUCUGCUGAACAGCAUUUUUAAAGAUGCUGAUUUCAGUUUCCAGCAGGAUUUGGCACCUGCCCACACUGCCAACAGCACCAAAAGUUGGUUAUUAAAUGACCAGAUGUUGGUGUGCUUGACUGGCCAGCAAAUUCACCAGACCUGAACCCCAUAGAGAAUCUAUGGGGUAUUGCCAAGAGGAAAAUGAGAAACAAGACACCAAAAAAUUCAGAUGAUCUGAACUCCACUGUCAAAGAAACUGGGCUUCCAUACCACCUGAGCAGUGCCACAGACAGAUCACCUCCAUGCCAUGCUGAAUUGAGGCAGUAAUUAAAGAAAAAGUAUUGAGUACAUAUACAGUAAAUUAACAUAAUUUCCAGAAGGCCAA